AUGUGAGCUUCAUUAGCUUUGCUCCUCACAAAACAGCAGCGAUAAUUUUGUUGGUAGUAAUCUCAGUGCUCAUACAUAUUUCAAAUUCAAGCAGUUGCCAUCAACAAUAUCAACAUGGUUAAUACUACGAUUCAGUUGUAUGGAUUUUCCUCCGUCGAGUCACCAGAAGCAGUGAAGGCGUUUCUGGAGGUAUACACCGGAGAAGGAACAGUCUCUGAAGUGAAGGUUCGUCCCCCGAAAGAUGGAAAAUCAAGAGCAUCUGCCAUAGUUGAGUUCACACAAGCAGAAUCUGCUGAAAUAAUAAUCCCAUUAGCUGAUGGCCGUCGCCUGUGGUAUGGGGGCUCUUAUCUGAAGGCUAGGAAAUGGAAGGUUGAUAACUUUGAAAACUUUGAACACAACAUGGAACUUGUAGAGCUGCACUUUGGAUGCCUGGUUUCCGAGAAGCAGUUUUCUGUUCUUUGGACAGCACCGGAUGUUCAAGUGAAGUUCGGGACAGAAUUUAAGAAUAUCUACUUCUCGUUCUCUUAUGAUUCUGCUGUAUACAAGCUCGAGGUCUCCUCAGAAAGUAUUAGCCAGAUGGAGCUACAUAGCACGCGCGAUCAGCUUAGGAAGUAUCUUCUAAUCCAGUUACUUGGUGCCCCUCGGAUUUUGAAGCAAGCUUCUGGUAGAAACUGGGUGAGGGAAGUUGACUUCACUCCAUCGUGCUGCAUUGGCCAGUCUUCUGCCGUAUGUUUGGAACUUCCGUAUGGUUCUGUGCUUCCAAAUCUACAUGAUAGUUUUCUACAUUACCAAGAAAUUGAAGGACGCUUCGCGCUGGAAAGAGGUGCCACUUUCUCAUGUAAUUCAGAUCAUGUUCCGAUUGUUGGUCCACCAGUGGGCAUUACCUUGCCAUACAGAAUCCUGUUCAAGAUAAAUUCCUUGGUUCAGCAUGGAUGUGUUCCGGGGCAAGCUCUUGAUGUUAAUUUUUAUAAGCUAGUUGAUCCUAGCACAAUAGGAAUUGAAUACAUAGAGUGUGCACUGGAUAAACUGUUUCGGUUGAAAGCAUGCUGCUAUGAUCCCGUCAGUUGGCUUUUUCAGCAGUACAGAGAAUACCUGGCGUGCAAGCGAAUUCCAGAGUCGCCUGCUAUCUCUUUAGAUGAUGGGAUGGUAUAUGUGCACAGGGUUCGAGUCACACCAUCUAAAGUCUAUUUUUGUGGUCCGGAGGUAAAUCUUUCCAAUCGUGUUCUACGAAAAUAUCCUGAGGAUCUUGAUAAUUUUCUUCGUGUUUCCUUUGUGGAUGAGGACUUGAGUAAGAUACGAUCCAAAGAUUUAUGUCUGCACACAAAAUGUAACACUUCAGCAGAAGAGGAAAGGAGGACUAGAGUUUAUGAAAGGAUACUUUCUACUCUAAGAAAUGGCAUUGUCAUUGGUGACAAGAAGUUUGAGUUUCUUGCCUUUUCAUCAAGUCAGUUGCGCGAGCAUUCGGUGUGGAUGUUUGCGUCAAGAAGUGAGCUCACCGCACAAGACAUCAGAAACUGGAUGGGGGACUUUAGCAACAUCAGAAAUGUGGCGAAGUAUGGUGCUAGGUUGGGCCAGGCUUUCAGCUCUUCCAGGGAGACUUUUAAUGUCGAUAGGGAUGAAAUCGAAUUCAUUCCUGAUGUAGAAAUCAAAAGGAAUGGGGUCAAAUAUUGUUUCUCUGAUGGAAUUGGGAAGAUAUCUGCUGACUUUGCUGAAAGGGUGGCAAGAAAGUGUGGAAGAAGUUCUACUCCAUCAGCAUUUCAAAUUCGUAUAGGUGGCUACAAAGGUGUCGUGGCAGUUGAUCCAAAAUUGUCAAAGAAAUUGGCACUGAGGGAGAGCAUGUGCAAGUACCAAUCCAACAACACAGCACUCGACGUUCUCAAAUGGAGCACGUACCAGCCUUGUUUCCUCAAUCGUCAACUCAUCACCCUUUUGUCCACCCUUGGAGUCCCGGAUCAUGUCUUUCAGAGGAAGCAAAGACAGGCUUUGAAUCAACUGGAAGGCGUUUUAACUGAUCCCUCAAGAGCAAAAGCAGCACUCGGAACAAUAUUUCAAGGGGAGGCCACAGACGUUUUGAAGGACAUGCUUUUGUGUGGUUACAAGCCAGAUGCAGAGCCAUUUCUGUCAUUGAUGCUACAAGCCUACUGUGCAUCCAAGCUCACGGAACUGCGGACGAGAACAAGGAUAUUUGUUUCGAGUGGAAGAUCAAUGAUGGGAUGUCUGGAUGAAACGGGAACAUUGGAAUAUGGUCAGGUAUUUGUGCAAUGCUCUCACCGCGUGAUCUCCACUGGCACUCACAGCAACAAUACUUCGAGCGAAGACAAUUUUAUUGUGGACGGGAAUGUUGUAGUUGCUAGAAACCCAUGUUUACAUCCCGGAGAUGUUCGUGUUCUUACAGCGGUGAACGUGCCGGCAUUGCACCAUAUGGUGGAUUGCGUAGUUUUCCCGCAAAAAGGAAAGAGACCACAUCCUGAUGAAUGCUCAGGAGGAGAUUUAGAUGGAGAUUUCUACUUUGUUAGUUGGGACUCUGAUAUAAUUCCACCUCAGAGAUUUCGACCGAUGAAUUACACCCCACAACGACCUAUUGAAUUAGAACAUGAAGUUACAAUGGAGGAGGUUGCAGAGUCGUUUACAGACUACAUAGUGAACGACAUGUUGGGGAUCAUUUCGAAUGCACAUACUGUCUUUGCAGACAGAGAGCCACAGAAGGCUAUGAGUGGUAAAUGUAUGAAACUCGCAAAGCUCUGUUCCGAUGCUGUCGACGCCCCAAAAACCGGCGUGGUAGUGGAAGUGCCGUGUUCUCUACGUGCCAAACAAUAUCCGGAUUUCAUGGAAAAGGUUGACAAACCUACGUAUAAGUCCAAACGUGUGAUCGGGAAGCUUUUCCGACAGGUGAAAAAUGUUGAGCUUGGAUCACAUUCAGAUUCAAGUUCAAUCAAAUCGUUCACCUUGGGAGUGGCUUGCAAGUGCUAUGAUCCUGACAUGGAGGUAGAUGGAUUUGAAGAUUACAUCGAUGAUGCUAUCAACUACAAAAGGGAGUAUGACUACAAGCUGGGAAAUUUGAUGGAUUACUACGGCAUCAAAACUGAAGCAGAUAUACUAAGUGGGAACAUCACUUCAGUGUCGAAAACUUUCGAUAGGAGAAACGACUUGGAGUCGAUUAAUUUCGCCGUUAGGUCACUGAAAAAGGAAGCUAGGACCUGGUUCAAUGCUACGCAGUCAGAUUCCAGCACUGAUACCGAUGAUGUAUGUGCAGCAAAAGCAUCAGCUUGGUACCAUGUUACGUAUCAUCCUGUUUACUGGGGUCGCUGCAACAAGGGAAUGGAGAGGGAUCACUUCCUCAGCUUUCCGUGGUGUGUUUCCGACAAGCUCAUCCAGAUCAAGAGGGACAAAACACGUACGAGGAAUUCUUUGCUUAUGGCUGAUCAAAGCGGCGUCCUCCUUGACAAAUUCAGAAGCAUGCGUUUUCCCAAAUGAUUAUGUUUUGUUAUGUUUUGUUUACGCUGUUAAAAGUCCAUGUAAGUACGGCUGUCAAGGGUUCUAGUCCCCUUGUCAUUUGCCUCGGUUUAUUUUAGUUACUUUCUGAUUGAUUGUAAAAUACGUUGUGAUCAACAUUUCUAAGUUUUCAUCUACAUUUUGUUAUUCACAA